AUGUCUGAACAUAAAAAACGAUCCGAAGCUGCAAUUGCAGCGUCUAACCAUUGGGCAAACAAAAGGGUAAAGACACUUGAAGAUCAGAAAGCUUCGGAAAGUAUACCAUUGUUACCUGUAAACCCAGAUGCUGGAACUGACAAGCAAAAUCCGAUUUUGAUUGAGGAUAUCAAAUCUACCGUGGAUCAUCGAGUCCCAGAAACAUGUAGGUCAUCCCCAAUUCGGCUCCUUUAUAACCCCAGUUAUAAUGAUAGCGAAUCAGUUGCUGCUAAUAAAGAUACCUUAAUGAUAGAGGAGCUCAUUGGGUCAAAGGAUUUGAAGGAAACAUUCCAAUUCAACUUUAGCAUCGAUCUUCCCUUUUUUUUGACUUAUUUGCAUCCAGACUUUUCGAAAGAGAAGAAAAAGAUAACAUUCAUCAGCGGUAGUAAAGUUUUAUUACCAGAAUUACCUGAUGCAGAGUUCGUAAGAGAACAUUUUAAUGUGCAUGAAGUAAUUGCAAAUGUGCCUAAUAAGUUCGGGACUCAUCAUACUAAAAUGAUGAUAAACUUCUUCGAAGACGAUACUGUAGAAAUCGUUAUCAUGACAGCUAAUCUAACCAAACUAGACUUUGUAGGAUUGACUCAAAUGUGCUGGAGGUCUGGGAGGUUGAAAAAGGAUUCGGAUCCUUCUGAAGAGAAUACAAAAUUUAAAAGAGAUUUAUGCGCAUAUAUCAAGCGUUAUGGUGAUGAUGCUCUUGAUAAUUUAUCUGAGAUUGUAAAUAAAUACGUAUUUUGUGGCAUAGAUGUCGAACUAGUGGCUUCAACCCCAGGAUCUUAUGACAUCUCCGAUCUCAAAGAUGACGAUGAAAUCUACGGCUACGGAAAACUAUAUCAAAUUUUAAGAAGAAAUGGGUUAUUGCUUGACAAUCAGGAGUCUAAGCUACAUUAUAAUGUCCUAGCUCAAAUAUCAUCGAUUUCGUAUCCCUUUGCUACAAAAGGAAAAGAUACCGCAUCAAUAUUCUCUCAUCUAAUUUGCCCGUUGAUUUUCUCUGGAAACCAACCCGGACCUUCUUUCUUAGCACCUGGAUCUAGAUCAUUUCAGAGGCAUCAAAAACUGAACAAUUAUUAUCCACACAUAGUAUUCCCAUCCGUGCCUGAUGUGGCAGAGAACAACGUUGGAUUCGGAGCAGGUCAGGCUGUUCAUUUUAACUAUUUUAGUUCACAAACUCACAGAAACCAAUAUGAGCAGAACAUAAAACCCUAUUUAAGACGAUGGAAUUCUAGUAGAAAUCUAUCGAUUACAGGGCGUGAAAAAGUGGUUCCACAUGUAAAGUUAUAUAUGUGUGACAAUGCUGAUAAUUGGGGUUCUUUAAAGUGGGUAAUGAUGUGCAGUCAUAAUUUGUCAAAACAAGCAUGGGGAUCUCAUAAAGGAUCCAAAUUCACGACUACUGAUGCCAGAAAAUAUGAAGUUGCAAGCUAUGAGUUAGGAGUUCUUGUCCCAGAACGAACUGUGAAAUUGAUUCCAUGUUAUUCUUCUGAUCAUACUACGACAGCUGACAGGAUACCUAUAAGAUUACCAUUCAAAUUGCCACCUGUUCCGUAUCUGUCAUCAGACAAACCAUGGAGCCCACUCCAAGAUUUUGGGCACAUAAAAGAUAGAUAUGGGCAGGAAUAUCAUGGAAUUAACUCAUAA